GACCAGUUCUCACGUUGCACCCUGACGUCACGUCACCACGCAGAAGAGCUUCUGCACGAUAUGAAUCUGAAGCGGAAAGGUGAACGCAAGAAAACACGGAUCCUCUCCUCCCGCUGUUUGAGAAGAAUUCUCGCACAGAUCAGAGCUCAAUAAUGCCUCAUAGAGAUGCCUGCUGUGCGACAUCCGGGGAUGAGACCAACAACGAGCAGUGCGGGCCGCUCAUCCUGGAAAGAGUGCCGGAAGAGGAGGGACAAGGCUGCCGGACGGUGUUGUCCCGACACUUCAGGAAAUACUGUUCCUGCUCGCCGCAGAAGAUCAAGUACAAGGUCCUGGGCUUCAUCCCCAUCCUGAAAUGGCUGCCGCGCUACCAGCUGAGGGACUGGCUCCUUGGGGACAUCAUGUCGGGACUCAUCGUUGGAAUCCUAUUGGUUCCCCAGUCCAUUGCUUACUCCUUGUUGGCCGGCCAGGAUCCCAUCUAUGGGCUCUACACCUCCUUCUUCGCCUCCAUCAUCUACACGCUUCUGGGCACCUCCAAACACAUUUCUGUGGGCAUUUUUGGGGUGCUUUGCCUGCUGGUGGGGCAGGUAGUGGACCGGGAAUUAGUGUUGGCGGGGUACCUUUCGGAGGGUGGCCUUGGCAGCAACGGCAAUGCCACCGUGGAGGGCAGCAACAAUAGCAUGGUGGAGGCAUGUGACAGGAGCUGCUACGCAAUAACCGUGGGAGCGACAGUCACCUUUGUCGCAGGGGUCUACCAGGUGCUAAUGGGUAUCUUCCAGGUGGGCUUCGUGUCUGUCUACCUGUCGGACUCGCUACUCAGCGGCUUCGCCACGGGAGCCUCGCUCACCAUUCUCACCUCCCAAGUUAAGUACAUGCUGGGCCUGAAGAUCCCCCGGCCACAGGGCUGGUUCACGCUCAUCAAGACCUGGUUCAGCGUGUUGGCCAACCUGGGAAACAGCAACCUGUGUGAUCUGAUCACCAGCCUGGUGUGCCUGUUGCUGUUGGUGCCCACCAAGGAGCUCAACAAUCGCUUCAAAGCCAAGUUGAAGACUCCAAUUCCCUUUGAGCUGUUUGUGGUCAUCAUCGCAACACUAGCGUCUCACUUUGGCCGCUUCAACGCAGACUACGGCUCGGCCGUGGCAGGUGAAAUCCCUACGGGCUUCAUGCCGCCACAGCUGCCGGCGUGGUCGCUCAUCCCCAGCGUGGCGCUGGACGCCUUCUCUAUUGCGAUUGUGGGCUUCGCUAUCACCGUGUCGCUAUCGGAGAUGUUCGCCAAAAAGCAUGGCUACCGGGUAGAUGCCAACCAGGAGAUGUUCGCCAUCGGCUUCUGCAACAUCUUGCCGUCCUUCUUUCGCUGCUUCACCACCAGCGCCGCCCUGACCAAGACACUGGUCAAGGAGUCAACGGGCUGCCAGACGCAGGUGUCAGCCCUAGUCACCGCUGCGGUACUGCUGCUGGUGCUGCUGGUCAUCGCGCCGCUCUUCUAUUCUCUCCAGAAGUGCGUGCUGGCUGUGAUCAUCGUGGUCAACCUCCGCGGUGCCCUGCGCAAGUUUGCUGAGGUGGCCAGCAUGUGGCAGGCUAAUCGCGUGGACGCUGCCGUCUGGCUGAUCACCAUGGCCACCUCGGCGCUGAUCAACACAGAGCUGGGCCUCCUGGUGGGCAUCCUGGUGUCCGCCUUUAGCGUCCUGGCCCGAACGCAGCAGGCUCAGGCACUAGAGCUUGGCCGAACCUUCGACAGGGACCACUACGAUGUUAUGUCGGCGUACCGCGGCCUUCACGCUCACCCGGGCGUGGCCGUCUUCAGGUACCCAGCACCCAUUUACUAUGCCAAUCAGAGUUUGUUUAAGAAGUCUUUGUACCGGCGUAUGGGGCUCGACCCGGUAAAGGAGAAGGCGCGGCGAGACAAGUUUGAGAAGAAGCUGAAACGUCAGAAUGCGGGGCAAGAAUCGGCGCACAAAAAAGACGGCGAAUGCACCGCUAGUGUCACGUUGACGCUGGACCAAAAAUCUUUCCGUAGCUUAGUCCUGGACUGUAGCGCUGUCUUGUUCCUUGACUGCGCUGGCGUCAACGCCCUGAAGGAAAUGCGCAAUGAUUACGGUGAGCUGGGGGUGACGGUGGUCCUGGCUCAGUGUAACACAGUCAUCCUGGACGCUCUCCGACGAGGGGGUUACUUUACGGAGGAACAGGGAGGAGUCGAAGGUUUGCACUUCUUCACCAUCGCAGACGCCGUCCAUCACCUGCAGCGUGCGUUGCCGCCAAAUGGUGAUUGUAAUGGCACGCGUUGAGAAUUACUGUCCUGAUAUGUUUACAAACCAAUUUGUGUCUUGCUAUGCUGAUGUUAGUUACUGAUUGUGCCUUCUGGGGCUGCAGUUGUUGCAUAAAUGCCACCUUGCACGUUAUCAAUCAAGUCAGAUAUUCUGUUUAUCUGUUUUUCCAGGGAUAAUUAAUGUUUUUUUCAUGCUCUCAUGAUGCAUAUCCAAUUCACGAGAACCUUGCCAUGGUUUUUAUUUUUAUUUAUUUCUAUCAGCAGUUCAGGGAAACACCACACUGUCACCUCUAGACUAGUCGUGGGUUGGUUACCAAUUUCAAGGUAUACCACGGUUUAAAAAGAAAAAAAAACCUCUUCACCGCUUAUUAGUACUCGAAGUCUGCUUACUAUCGGACCUACGGAGUGAGUUGGGAAAAACUUACUUUAAAGUCAUACGUUCUAGAGCAGUAAUUGCAAUACUGAAAAUGUUCUUCAUUGUUAUACGGUCAGAAUCUGAUACUUGCUCAUGCCUUCUGCGAACAAGUCUCGCUUAUUUGGAGACUUACUGUGUGCAUAAUAGUUUGUCAACUCGAGUCUACAAGGGAGCCAACUUUUCCUGGAAAGUAAUGUUACUGAAAUGACACCGUUUGAUACAUUGCCAAAGUUUACGUUAAAGCCAACGUACCGCACAGACAAGUCACUGACGUCCAUGGUUAAUUGAUUACUUAAAUACAAAAGUAGCGAGAUAUAAUUUGUUAUUGUUACAUGCAAAAAAAGCCAUAAGCAGGCGUUCCCUCAUCUGGCCAGGUUCGAUCCAUGCAUCUUUGUGUUUGUCUAGGGUGACACGCUUGCCAGACAAACACAGAGCCGAGCAAAGUUCACAGCCCAAACAAAACAAAAAUAGAAAGAAGGGAUUUUUUUUCUAUAUAUUUAUUUCAAAAGUAAAUUUAAAAUGUAGAGCUGAAAGCUUGCUUGUGAAAUAUCAGGAUAACUUGUUCUCAGGUAGAGCUACUAGUGUUUACUUGGCAGUCUGUGUCAUUUAUUUUUCGUUUUUUUUAACCAUGACCCAAAUGGUAGAUACUGUUCUUGACCAACUGCACUUGGAAAAAACUAAGACUGUCUUGUGUUGGGUCAAUUUUAAUUAAAAAAAACAGGCUACUGAAAUAAAAGGUAAAUCGCAUUAUGGUCAACAUUCUUUCUGAGCAGCCAUCUUGAGUUAAGAGUUAGCAGUGUCAAAAAAUUGAUGUAACUCUGGUGGCCAUGGCUCAGGCAGUAGAGCGGGUUCUUCAGUAAUCAGAGGGUAGGCAGUUUGAACCCAACCCUGUCUAAGUUGUGUUGUUGUGUCCUUAGGCAAGACCUCAACUAGGUCAACUAGGCAAGGUCUUGAACUAUGCUUGAUGUCUUUGCUCUCUACGAGCCACAAUGACAUAAUGCUGGAUCCAUCCCUUUUGAAUUUGUAUUGUGUUGAAUCCGCAUUGCUGGAGGCUAUCAAUUACCUAGCAAUUAUGUUGUAUUUAAACUUGAACACGUUUUCCUUACAAGUUUUUACAAGCACUUGUUGGGUAUUCUAUUCACCAACUGACACAGGUGAUGGCAACAUAAUGACAAUCAUUUAAGACCAAAUGUUUUGAUAUGUCCAAAAACAAAAAGUAAAUGUUGAUUUAUGCAAAUAAGUGCCUUUGAUUCAUCAUAUUUGCUUCACGCCUUAAUAAAAUGCCUAUGUUGCCA